AUGGAGAAGAUGGCCUUAUUUGUACAUUCCGCUGAUCUGGAGGUGCAAGAGAGAGUACGUUAUACCUUCCUUGACGCGCUUUGGUUAUCCUCUCCUACACAAAUACAUAAAGUCCCUUUGAUUAGUGAGACUUUAUCUCAUUUUGAGUUUGUUUUGACUCCAUGUAGGUUUGGUGUUUCCUGCUCGGAGCAUUGCAAGAAUCUCAGAAUUUUGAAAUCUGCAAUCCUCGCAGUAAAAGUGCUCCUUUCCCAGAAUAAUGGGAUGUCUGUGUUCACGGUUGGGGUGACAGUUCGUUGGUUACGUAUUUCUCCUUUCUUUGAAAACUCUUCACGGGACGAGUGUAACCCGUGACGCUACCGGUCAGCGCCUCUCUACGACUGUAUCCACCCGAUCGCAACCGACUGGACGAUGGACCCGUUGCAUAGUGGUUAGGCCGUUGGACUUCUAACCAACAGGUCGCAUGAUCGAGCCCCAGGGGUUGCAAAACAUUGGGUUCGGGUAUGGCUGUCUGAUGACGACCUAUAAACCAGAAAUGGCCAUUCAAGUCCCCUUGUCUUUGGCUGUAGUGUUAAUCUAUUCAUUGGCUGUCAUGUACGAUUUGGGAAUGCGUAUAGUAAGAUGCCUGAAGGUAGAAAACUGAAGUUUGCCCCGGUUUCCGAACUUUCAAAGCCCAUUUUUCAUCUAGUAGAUCGUCGUGUCUGAUGGACGGCAGACCACCCGUUCGUAGCUGGAUCUUAGAUGCCUUUGUGAUCGCAUCCGCAAGAGAGAACCCACAGCCAUCCUCUAGCUUAGCCAAACCCUGUUCCUAAUCGCGACGUUGCACAGCGCGUCUGUCUAGCAGAACUCGCUCAUCGCAACCGCCUUCGAAUGCAAACCUAGCCACUUUGUUUUUCUACGGUUACACAAUCUUCUUCAACAAAAAGGAAUGCGUCGGAUUUACAAGACAUCUUCCGUAACCUAAAUUAAAUGUAAACGGGACUAUUAUGAGGCUGUUUCCUGACUAAUUUUCAAAGUCGUACCGCGAUUGUUGCACAAUCAGCGUUCCAUCAGCUUCCCGUCACUGAACAGCAGACUUUCAAAUCCCAUCUGUGUACAGAUUCCCGCAUUUCGUCACAGGUCUUUCCAUCAAGGUGAGCAGGUAUUGGUGCGACUUUACAAUGCCAAUAGAGUAAGGAGACAGGUGUGUGGACUAGUCCAAGCCAGACCUCUUCCGUCCAUCGGGGUGCAUCCGAGCACAUUUGCGCUCGAUCAAGACCUUGUGUUUCCAUCUUCUACAAAAUCCAAACGCCGAAAUUAUUUCCUCUCUGUCGGCGCAGGCCACACCAACCAUAUCUCAUGAGGCACUUGCGGAAAAUGUUCCCGGGCACUUCGCUGUGGUGUAGGCGAUCCUCCUACACCGAGGCACUAUUCACGACGCUCGCCACCGAUUGUCCUGGAGCCCCCUCGUCUACAGCCCCCUCCCCAGAGGCUGUCAAAUAUGGCCGCGCGGUCAACACCAGAGAGACUGGAGUAGCCGUUUCUGGCCUAAUUUCCAUCGUCAACCAUGCAUAACCCCAACUUCUGGUUUGCAUGACCUGAGUCUUGACCGCCUGUAAGGAGCUCCAGGAUAAAUCGGAGUCCUGCCAUUCCCUCCUGUGGUCAGGGCAGAUCGACUAGUGCUGCGUCCACGUGAUUUUACAGAAUAUGGCGUCAGCAUUUAGGACAGAAAGGGGACUGUUGAAUUGCGACCACCACCUAUUGGUCAGAGCAGUUCAAGCCGCGAAUUGCGCAUCGCACGCGUCAACGUGUUUACUUUUUCAUCCUUGAUAACACGUUUGCCCCGCAGGCCACUUUGACUGCCUUGUGUGAAUUCCUAUUUUUUAUCUGGAUGAAGUCUCAUUUGUCUUUCGACCUCGCGUCUCCAGCUUCAAGUGCUCCACCGCUGCAGUGCAGGGAAGGUACAGAACAAGUCCGUAGCAGAUCACCAAACGGUGGUAGAGCAAAAAGGGGUUUUGUUUAUCACGUCAAAAAGACCGCUCACCAGAAUGAACUGAGUCUUGGAGAUGUCGACGAUAACUUAAACGGGGUUAGUAAUAUUCAUGUGGGCUAGUUUGCGGCUGUUUGUGCCAAGGUUUGCGUCUAAAGACUUUCUUCUGCCCAACUCGGCUUCUUUUUGCUUCGCUCUCCCCCCCACCCCCAUCUCCUGCUUAUGAAACUCUACUUUCUGUCACCCCAGGUAUCCUAGCGGGGUUGCUGCAUCAGGUAGAGCAGCCGUUUUCGAACUCUUGUGUUUUGUUCUAGGCGUUUUCGUUAGACUUCCCCCCUUCCCCUCCUCUGCUGAUUUUAUUUUGGCCACAUUUCACUUUAUCCCCUCUAGGCCGUCUCAAUUCAUCAGUUGUUGCGUCUUGUGGCCAAAAGGCUAAGCAAACUGCGCAUGCAGGUCUGUGCUCCUGCUGUAGAGACAGAGAAGCCCGCAGUAGACAUUGUCGCCACCAGCACUGCACCUGCCUUCGAUCUGCUCUCUCUCGGUGACGAGGGUCCACAACCACCUGCGGGAGAUUUGAAUGUCUCCACUGUCUUCGGCAGUACGAACGAAAUGAAGGACGUUUCAGAACCAGGUCAGGCUUCGUCCCUCGUCUCCCUUUAAUCAAGGUCCUUACCCCCACCCCCCUCCCUCCCCACCAUGUUACAAAUGCUUCCUUUCGAAAUCGUGUUAGUGCUUUGACUCGUUACACCGCAACCCUGGAAUCACGUUUUUGCUCUUCCGGGCGACUGACUACUUGAGGCUGAGCGAUGCCGACAUCGCUAGUCUUCGCCGGACUGCCUUUCCGACGAAUUCCGCUGUUCUUAUAGAGACCGCCUAUCCAAGCCUUGUAACUUUUUUUUCGGACAGUUUGUUGGGGAUUUUGAGUGGAGGCGGAUCCCGAAAAGCCGCUCGGAGUGUUUGUUCGAGGUUGUUUCCCCUGACGCUUUGGCUCAAGAGCCAAAUCACAAGGCAGUGGUGGCAAGCAAACUUUUGUGAUGGCGGCUUACGGAUGCCACGUCGCAGUACCGUCGUCCGCUCUGCAGCAGUCGCCGUGCCAGAUCUCAGCCAUCCGCGCCCCCGGUAGCCACGUCGCUGUUGGCCUGCGACUGUUUAUUCGUUGGGUCCUAAAGCCCUGCAUCCUUUACAGCUAACCUUCGCUGAAGGCCGUUCCACUAUGCGCAUCCCGUGGACGCGCUGGGUAGCCGGCGACUCGCCUGGCAGGCAGUCCGUUGGAGAGAGUACUCGGUCAGGGCCCGACUGUGCUUCCAUGCUCUCCAAUUCCAAACGAGCAUGCCUAGGUGGCUUGGACGUGCUUCGCCUCCCUGACGUCAUUCCCUAUCUGAUUACCUCUAUUGUCGACACAAGAUGUCUGAAUAUGGUCUGUCAGUUACGGUUUUUGCAACUUUUCUUCAACUCGAGUUAGGCGUAGACUAUUUUUAAGAAAUGUGCACCUGUUCCACGGCUGUCAACUCUCUCUUCACUAUAGAGUCUUAGCUGUGCUAUCCGGGGUCAGAGUUUCAGACCUCACAGGCCUAGAACUUAGGACUCCGUCGACUGCAAUGCAGUUGACUUAUAUAAUGCACCUUGGACAAUCCUCCAUUGGGGGAAGGGGAGGGGGGUUGCUGUCUUCAGUGAGUGACUGAUCUCGUAAAAUGUUGGCCGAAAUUCUGAAAUGCGUUUUCGAUUAGGACGGAUAACUUAGGUAGGGUUUUGAUACUGAUUAUCUUCCGGCAUAAUUCUGUAGUAUUUCGGAAUCGGCAGGAUGUCGGUUUUCGAAUGCACUUCUUUUCGACCUGCAUAGACCACACUCGGUAAAAAAAUGGCUACUUAAGUAGCAUGCACUUUUCGCAUUGAUUCUCGAUGGUCUUAUAAAUUCGAAUAUGUUUUAUAGAAAACAUGCACAAGAUGUUCUUUCUUUUACUCUUUUGAUAGCCGAUCCACAUUGUUUUCACAGUUUAUACACUCCCGGUCGGGGAGCAGCUUUUGGACAUCAUCGAGGCCGGCUAGAUCAGGCAUGAUCGCAGCCGUAUCAAGUACAAGUACACAGUUUAUACUCGAAGAAAGAAUAUAUUUUGGUUUCAACAAAGUUUCUAAUAAUGCGAUUUUUAAGACCGUACGAUGUCCGUACAUGCAGCAUCGCACACGCCCGUUCACCAAUGCUCCUUACGAAAUAUACAACGUAGUCUGCAUCCACUGCAAACUUUUAUGGACUCAAUAUGGUCUCUUCCAGGGACACUGCCGUCCAACGCUCACGUGAACGCACUGUCAGCCCUGCAUGCCCUCGUGGCCGAACUCUGCCUGCUCUUCGCCGGCGAGCUGAACCCCGUGGCCGCCAAGGCCCAGCGCAAGGUUCCAGUGCCUGAGGGCCUCGAUCUGGACGCCUGGAUCAACGAGCCACCACCGCCGCCGGCUCCAGCUGUGAACCCGCCCAGUUCGCUGAAGUCCUCACCGUCGGCAAAGGUUUGUUCGCGUCCACUUCCAGCUCAUAUUUUCACACCCUAUCUGAGAUAGCGGUUUGCUUUUAUCGUUUUCUUGCCGUGUUGAGGGCAAAGAGGCAGUCUGAACUGAAGAAAUACACCUCUAAACUGUACCUCUUUCCUCCUCACUUUCGAGUGUUCAGUCGACUGUCUUUCACCACAAUCGGAUUUCGUCGUGGAACAUCACAUGAGCUUGUCAACGUUGGCGUAAAGUCUCCAAGACUUUUAUGUAUCCAAAACGCAGGAAACAUUAACUGCGCCAACACUCCAUCUACUUAGGCCGGCGAUUGUCUGGAGUCAGGGAGACAGGGCGGGGGGACGAGAGAGAUAAUAGCCUUACUCGUGAACGGACAAGAAGACGGUCUGCUGGUUGGAAAUACAGCCAAGUGUUUUGCAUGGUCUCGUAACCAGCGUUGCAAUUCACGUGGCCAGUCGAGCACGCCAGCCAAAGACCGAUGCUGGUAGCUAGGCGUCAUCCGACGGUACAGCCCUGCGGUUGAUGGUCUAAGGGAGGAGGCCCGAUAACGUUAUUUUGACCGUCCAUCGUUCAUUUGCUGUGUGCUGAUUCGUCUACGGGGACGUUCACUCAUUCUGGCCACUCGUCCUUUCACAAGCCGUAUACCAGGGGAAGGUUUAACGGUAACUGCCUCAACUUCCCUUAUUGACCAGAUCCGAAAGUCCAGUGAUAGUAAUCGCUAGCUGACGGGAGAAAAGAUGCGGCAACGUCCACUACCGCACAUGACACCAUUGUUUUAGACGAACUGCUUUGGGACUAACCAUUGCCUGGAGGCCUCCGGAGGAUAUCUCAAAAACAGAAACAAGAAUGGGAAGGGGACUCCGACGUUGAGGAAGCUCCCAACCGGUGUUUGAUUCAUUUUAAUUCGGGAUAAUUUGGUCGGGCUCCCAGAGAAUCCAAAACUUUUAGCCAACUGUAGACCUUUUAACCGGAGUUUCCUGUGCUAUUUAAGCCAAGGCUGCAGAACACAUCAUAAGCUAAAUUUUGUUCGCGCGUCAAUGAAUGCAGGUUUCCGGUCGCGAAUCCCCGUCAGUCAGACAAUCACUGCUUCUUCGGCAGGUCGUGUGAGUUCGAAAAGUUAUGCUAAAUCCGUUGUUCGUGCGAGGCCGAUCGAUCGAUCAUGCGUUUCUGGGGGAGAAGGUACUUCUGCAGACACUAACCAUCGUAUCAGAGCGGUUCAAGUUGUCGAAAAUAAGACCACGGUUGACCCAAAAAACACUAGCAGAGUAGGCAGCUCAUUUGAUUGCCGACCCAACCCCAGUACAGACAACAGGCGGGGCUAUCGGCUCAGGUCAAUGCGUACAGACGCCAUAACUGUGAUAAACUGACAGUCACGGCGAGCACGAAUAUCCGGAGCUGUUAGAGAAUUUACAAUGGCGGGAGAUGGCGUCAUCAAUUGUCACGAAUAGGUAAGAGGCAACAAAGGAUUGAUGAUCUAUACAUCCGCCUGACCUAUUCCUCUGUAGAACUUACUCUUUUCUGCUACUGGUCAUGUCGACACGCUUAAUAGCCGUUUUUUUAAUUUCGUUUACCCAGUUGACUUUUGUCCUUUGUCGUUUCUGUCCCACUGAAUUCUUGUCUCUCGCACUUUCGUCAAUAGGGCAAAACGCGAACGAAGGGUGAUUUUCCAUUGUCAGCAAAGAACACGGGCAACGCCAUAUUCGGUGGACUCAUUGAGUCGGAGAGCAAACCCAAGCUUGAGCUAUCUGAGGUCGAUCUCGAAAGGGUAAGCGUCCACCUCAUGACCCUGUGUGCACAAUCGCCCUUUGGAUGUUUGCGUGUUAUAUAUUUGGAUGGCUGGAAUUAUGAAAGACGUCUUCGAUUGGGAAGGAUUAGUUAAGGGGAGUUGUAAUAUUCAUUAUCUUGUGACGAAUUUCAGACACUCCAGAAUGUUGGCUUUUGAAUGCACCCCUUUUUGCAUCUGCCGCACUCUCUCCUCCCCCACCUUGGUCCGGUACUAAAACAGAGUCAAGAAGACCGUAGGCGGGAGAGGACGCGGAUAGUUAGCUCGACGGAAGCCCGCACCUAGGAGUAACACCACACCCUCUGGUCCACAACAGGCACUGAUCAGGAUUUUAUACACUAGGAAAACGGGGAGGCGGUACGUAUCCGAAUGGGCGCGGCAUGAGUCUGCAUCUGGGCGUGCCGCCACACCUUAAUGUUAGCAUUUGUUAUGUGGACGCGCAUUUCCAAUAGCGCUUGCCGGACUCCAAUCUAGCUCCAGUGUUGGCCAUCGUAUUCACCAAAUGGACCCUUUUAGGGGCAAAACCAUCACUACCAGAGGCUUAUCUCGCCGUCACCAUCACCGUCAUCAUCAAGUAAGUGUCCCCGUCGCAAGUAACAGGUCAACUUCAUAUCCUUAGAUAACAAAAAAAAACAGGCGGGAGCGCUGACCUGGAUAGCCGGCACAGAGCGAUGCAAUCAACGUCUCCACUUCCUUCUCAUUGAUACACUCGUACUGCUGCUGCUUAGUGCCGCGGAGAAAGUACACCAUCACGCAGCCAGAGGCCCCUAUAUCAUCUCGUCUGGAUUGUCUAAUGCUCAUCUGAGCAAUCUCUAACUGCAAUAGUUGCAUCAGCAUCCUCAUCAGGCUCCUUUUCAAAAAAUUAACAUGGGACCACAUGGGUUCGAGCUAUUACAACUGGUAGUUUCGACUUCAGACUGCCAGCCAGUGAAGCAACAGUUGCAGAAUUGCAGUGCGUCACUAAACUGUCCAUCGAGCGGUAUGGGCAGUAUCGCCUGCUCCGGCCUCUUAACCCACGUCGCUGGGCCGUAGGGAUUUUUUUAGGUGUCUCCAAUUACAUGUAGUUUGUGUCAUGAUGCGAUGACUCCGGAUUCCUUUUUUUGCUUUUUUGGGUUUAAAGUCAUAGUCUACGCUCCCGCACCCCCGAUUCUGCAGUUUUGGUUCUUCUCCGCCCCGAGGUUGUAACUUGUCAUUUUUUGCCGAGCUCCGAAACAGUCUUUCUGCCAUUCUGUGUCCAGCUUCGCAAAGAACGUCUCCAAAUGCAGGAAGCCAAUCCGCACUACCUGAAGAGCAAGGACAGUAGCCAGAGCCUCUCCUCUACCACGGAUCCGGCACCCUCGCCCGAUUCUACUGAGUCACCCAUGCCGACUCGCAGCGGUAUUCGCUCUGUGUUCCCUUGUCAUUAUCCUACUUGUGGCUUUUGUUAGGGACAUUUUAGGUGUCUGUAGAUCGGUAGUCACUUCGAUGUAUUGCCAGUAGCGCUAAGAGAUUAACUGUAGGAAGUUCUAAUUCCUUUUGAACCACACCUGACCACCCCGCUUCCAUUUUUGACCACACCUAACUGCUAGUACUGGGCACACACACUCCAUGGUUCGAUGCACCCUAUAGUCACUAAAUACGGCACCUCGUGCAUUAAUUCUCCUAGGUUUCUGAGUAUGUGAUUACUUACUGACGAAGUGGUGCGCUUCUUUCUAAACCCCUUAUACGUCUUUUUUCUGCCCACGCCCUCGACAGUGCCAAGGCUCAUCAGUUCCGACAGACUGGCGAUGGAAAUGCAGAAGCAAUUCAAGCGUUUGGAAACGAAGAAAACUAAGAGUUCCGGGUACGUGCAGUCGCCUUCCUACUCCUUUAUUCUUGCGUCUCUCCUGAAAGGCGGCGACCUCUUCCACACACUGACAGGCUAGCAUACUGGUGAGGCAUGGCCGCCCUUACCACUUGUUACUACCGUUUUUAGCCAACGGAACAAGGACGGAUCGCGCCGCGCAAACAACUUGCCUACCGAUCUAGCUGAUGAAGACGCUGAUCUGCCAUCGACUGUGCAAGUUAGUACAGUGUUGGACCUGCCUGAGGUGAGGUUACACUUGGCUAUUCGCGGUCCUUCGUUUCUGUUAAGGAACGACUUCCUCCCCUAAUCUUGGAUGGCCCUUGGGCCGACGCUUGUCUUUUUCUCAACCUCCUCUGUACGCCCCAUCCCCCUUAAAGUCUGGCGUGAAGGAGAGGCUGUCCGGCAUGCUCUCCGUCGGCUCUUGGUGGCCCGAGCCACCAAAGACAUGGGCUAUUUAGAAGACGUCUUUCCGAUUGAACACAUUUGGCCGUAUUCCUUGUCCAGAUUUAUUUCAUCCAUUGGACUGACGGUGUCUGCUGCCGGAUCGGGGGGACAGUCAAUGACCGAUCGCAUGAAAUGUUAACCGUGAUUCUGAGAUACGUUCUCGACUAGGAUGGAUUAAUCAAGUGGGACUGUAAUAUUGGUUAUCCUACGACGUAAUUCCGUAAUAUUUCGGACGCGUCAGGGAGUUGGCUCUUGAGUGUACUUUUUCGGCCGCCUGUGGAAACCUUACUCGAUAAAAAAUGACUACUUAAGUAGUGUGCAUUUUCUCCGUCGAUUUUGCCCUUAUACAUUCAGUACUCUUUUGCAGAAAAUGUGUAUAAAUAUUUUCUUUUUGUGCCCGCUUGGCAGAAAAUCAUGUCUUCAAAUUUUAUACUUGAGGAAGGCGUAUCUUUCGGCUUCAACAGUCUCUAAUUAUGAGAUUCUUAAGACCCUCAGGGUAAGGUGACUCCAUACUAACGGCACAGGUAGUAGCCAUGAAAACUUUGGUCUGAGCCUAUAGACCUUAAAUAUACUGAUCUACUCCAAGUUUGCAGUUAAUGUCUAAGGAAAUUACAAAGCAAAAAUUCUUAAGACCGUCCAAUGUCCAUUCGAAUGGCGUUAUAUCUGCCUGUUUAAUAAUGUUCCUCAGUGAGUAUACAACGUAGUCCACGUCCGCUGCAACAUUCCAUGGGCUUCUUACGGUACCUCAGAAUUUCAGUUGACGUUACAUGAGAUCAGUCACUGACUGCAGCUGUGAUUAUUCCCGACCACAGUUCCGCUGAACUGAGCACUAAACUUCGACUACAGCCACUACGUCUUUUCCGUCUAGCUCGAAAAUUCUACAAGCAAUCCUUUCUCCGCUUAUUUCUACCAGUCAUCAGCCACUCAGUGCUGCCGUUGGAGGGGAAUUACUUCGCCCGGUGACACUGGCUGUGGACGCGUACAACCGAAGGGCGUGGACCCUGUGUUCUUUUUUGAUUGCCCUGUUAGGCUGUGAUUAGCAGACGGAAUGAUUUCUGUGCUUUUAGAUUCGCCCCCUUACCUUUAAAAUUCCAGGACUGUGCCUAACGGUGGGUGAAGCCCUAGUUAACUACCUCGCAAUGUUGUUUUUAAUCGUGCCUGUUUAUAGUUGAUCGACCUGCUGGAUCGAUGCGCAGCCACGCCUGAAGAUGUCCCCGUUGCAUUAUUUAUGACAGAUUAUUCUUCAGCUGCAAGAGCCUAGGCUUAUCUUCCAGCUAGCCUUUAACGUCGGCCGUUCCACUAUCUACCACCUCCGAACGCGAUCGGUUGCUCGGCCAAUUUGACAGGCAUGACCCACGCUACAUGGUAUUCCGGUUGUCCCAGACGGGAAGCAGCAUCUGUGAAUAUGAGUUGUGUUCUGUUGAUCUGAAUUACUUUGUUCUGUUUGCCAUCUCUCUUUUAGGGCGUCACUCUGCAUGAGCUGGACUCCCCCGACGAACUCGACCCGAAUGAUCCCCACCGACUUCUCAAUAUCAAGUUGGAUAUCCCACCAGAACCUGAGCUGCCUUCUAUGAAGAAAUCGCCUGUAAAAAAGAAUGCUUUACGGAAAACGAAGGGGACCUCUGCCGUCGUCUCCUCUAAGCAGGUCCCUUCUGCACUUGUUCUUCUCGUGCUUUUGUUCAUUGUCUGGUGGGAGCGGUGAGAGGGGUAUAAGACUGUAAUGUGUGCUCCCAAAAACUAUACUUCGGCGUUGGCGACAGUUUUCAGAGAAGAUCUAUAAAUCCCUAGGACUCGCGGCACUGUUACAUCGCACCUAAGCCAGGACUAGACACAUGUUCGACUGGCAUGAUAUCGGGCUGUAUAAAACGCUAGACUUUAUUUCCGGUCAGCUUGGCUCUGUCUUGUCACGGAGACGUGCUGUGAGAGGAGUGAAAAGUGAUUCGAUUCUGUGCGACGUUUCCGUAUACUGGCAAGUAAUGCCUUUGCAGUCCGGGGUUAUCUCGACGCUCUGAAUGUUGCGGCCUGAAAGCCUGCCACGUGACGAAAUAACUCGUUCCCGGGGCCCCAGAGCUACUUGGAUGGCUCCCUCAGAUGGCCUCAUGGCAACGCUCACCGGUGUGAUUCCCACGUUGACGAAGUCUUGUUUGUGUCGGAUUCGAGGCCGGUACAUGUAGACUGAGGCUUGAUCUCUAGGCAGUCACUGGGUCUACGUCUCGGCCACGUCUUAUAAAUGAAGCACGCAAAGGUCGAUAUUGCGUACACCUCCCUUAUUAUCAUGUAGUUAAUGUGUAGGUUACCAUCACUCCGGAGUAGUGGUUAUCCUUGAAGGGCUCAGAGGAUGAAUUAUCGGGGCGGUUUUACUGAAACCCUCUGCGAAGCUGUACAACCUGGAAGGGUACUUGAAUUUCUUUUCUGAUGCAGACAGAGGAUUAAAAAGUUGAAAGGAGUGCGGCUCUAAGUCUCGUCAGCAAAGUGCACGGUGCAGCGGCGUGUGAGGCUUCGAUUAUUAACAGUGUUAUUAAUGGGAAAUCUGAUCGACCUAAUCCUGCCUCACCAUUUAGUCGCGCCGGCGAAAGUCACUCGCACACCUGCGAAUAUCCAGAAUGCCACGCUAUCCCUUGGGAUUUUCGUCCUGAAGAUGUUUGGUGACCCAGCCAAUCAUGGCAAGGUUGGUGCUGCAUGAUUUUCAGCCUUAAUGGUCCUUAAUUGGCCUGAUUCUACGUAGGGCCCUCCGCCAUCCCCUCGUCCCUGCAUGUUCCGGAUUAUCGCAACUCGGCGAAUGUGGGAAUUGGUAGUGGUAUGGUUUGAGACGCCUAUACAACUUUAGCCCCAACGACACCGAUGCACUGACAGGAACUGCAAAUUCCUGUUGGUUUUGACGACAUGGUGUAUGGACUGGCACGGCACACGCGUGCUCCCUCAACCAAAUAACUAGCCCGUAAGAACACUCUUGAUAUGGUCACGUCUUUAUCACGCCCAAAGGUCGCCUACUGCUCAACUCUGUUAAUAAAACUGGGCCGCCUUGGAGCUGUAAUCCCGUGUCGGUCGCCAUCGCUACCGACUCAAUGGGCUCAGCUGAGGUGGAGACGUGCUGGCGUCAUGCGCGCGCUUCCCUUGGUUCGCGCUCCCUACGUGUUCCUCAACUUUACCUCAUUGUGCCAUAUGGCGAUUUACUCUGCAUGUUGGCUUCGGCUCUGUGAGCUAUAACAAGAGACUGUGGAGUAAUAACAAAACUGACGCUAUCCUACGUUUCCGUGUCACCUUUUUUCACCUCGUCUUUUCUGCUCAGGAGGUGCGAAACGGGAAACACAGAACUCCCAAGCGGUCGUCUGCCACCUCAACCGCAGGGGGAGGGGCUAAACACGACGAGUACAUGGUUCUGGACUCGGACAGGCCAAGUUUGUCGAGUGGAAAACGAACGACGUCCAAGACUCGGACAGCGGAGACAACCAGCGAUGAGCUAGCUUCUGUUACCCCGCCGACCGUCAAUCUGGUAUGUACACGAUGCAGGGUCACCCAGCCCUCUUUUUUAACAUCCGUGCUGGUCUUCAGAUAUGCGGCCUCUUGAAACGCGAGGCACGCCUGAUCCGCCAAAGGCCUAAUAGCGAUAAGCGGCAUUCCGACGCGACUCCAGUCUUAUGGCCCCCAACAGGCUCUGCGCCUCCACAAAUGCCCCAAUCCCAGUCGAACUGUUAAGUCCAACGGCAGGCCAGUGUAGGAGUUAACCCCGCUUCCUCAGUGCCACCUACCCAGCUGGGUUCGCUUAAAGCCCACACCCCCCAUGCGGGAUACACCUGGUCCACUAAUUGCCUACCCCCCCCCCCUGCCGGUAGUCAACGCAUACGUAGACUCGGAAGUGUGCCAGGCCGUUUGGUGCCAAUCACCCUUCUCGCCAAUGAUAAGAGGUGGAUGCCGGGCCUUAGUAGCUAUCCCCCCCGCUCCCUCGACUGCGACUAUUUCAUGCGCGCCCCACUUCGCGCGUAUACUCCUCGCUCAGUCUUACGAGGCCUAACGGGGCGCCUGCCCCGUGGUCGGCCAAUGCCCACCUAGGCAGCCCACCCGGUCUAAGCUCCUAGUGACGACCCCGACCGUAAUAGGCAAGCCCUACCGUGGCUUCCAAUCGUUUUGGAUAUUUUCGCUGUGGUCACUAACUCCUCGCUCCCCCCCCCUCGCUUUCGUGCAGGAUGAGGACGUUGGUUCUCGUCUGCGCAACUCCCGUGUGAAGCCCCCACGACACAGCCAGCCCAAGCGAAACGGCACGGGACCCAUCAGUGAGAGGGAAUUCCUGCAACUGCUAUCUGGCACCCCAGGUAGACUGACCAACUCAGCUAGAGCUAAAGUGCGGUGCCCAGCGGCCGCCCAGGCGAUCGCCAACGAAAUCCCCUUGCAACCCGUCUUCGAAGAACUGCUCGACAGAAUCCAGCGGGAGCAGUUUCAAGGUACGUGACGAAGGCAGCCGUCCAGCCUGUACUGAGUGGAUGUUAGUAACCCCCUUACUUCCCCCCCCCGGCCACUAUAGCAUGCCCACUCCAGGGGUGCAGGAAUUAAUUAGUUCCCUUACCAUUUAUAGUUGUUGAGCGUGUGGGCCUGAACGCAUCAGUCUACUCUGGAUCGCGAGGCGAACCGACGUGCCUCCUCCUAAAACUCUCGGUAAGCCAGGUUCAUGGCCGGUUUACACUCGUCCACAUUUUGCCAGCAGAGUCUAACCGCUUGGAAUACUUUAGGAUGCUACUGGAUCGCUGACUAUCGAGGUGAAGGCCACCAGCGCAAGUGACGCCGAGGAGCACCUCCAGCGGACGAAGGGGGUUGCGAAGUCGUUUAAACCCUGA